UAAAUAAGCGUUUGCUCUUAGCUCAAAACAAAUUUGCAGAAAUGUUUGGUUUUUUUACCUCAUUUUUACGAAAUCUUUUUUAAACUUUACAAGCAUGCAUCUCCGAUCGUCUAAAUUAACAUUUAAACAUAUUACUCGUGUACCUUCUCGACAUCCCAUAAAGGCGGGAUAAGCAAUGCCAUAGUGAACACUGAUAAAUACACAGGCUUCGUGCUAUAGCGCGAAAAUAUAGUAAUAUUUCGUGCGCAUGCUGCUCUAUAAUUCUAGCGUGAAUUUCUUGCCGCGCUCGCGUCCAUCGUAAUGCAGAUAUAUUAAAUUUCGACAAUGGACAGUCGUUUUUUAAUGUUCGCGCAGUAUGACCGGAAGCGUACUUCAGUUCAUUUGCCGCCAAACUAUCCUGCGUGCUGUGGUGUUGUUUAUCCGUCAGCUCUCGAACGUACGGCUGUAGCGUAGAUAAUCACGCCAGAGACGUGCGCGCGUUACACGUUGUAUCACGCUGUGCCACGGGAUUGCCUCUGCGUCCGUUGGAAUCGAUUUGUCCCUUGAACUUCUCGAAUUUGUGGAAUAUAUCAUGGCUAAGGUUCAGCUGGCGAACGUCGCUGUUCUGGACAAUCCCUCGCCGUUUCUGAAUCCGUUCCAGUUCGAAGUCACAUUCGAGUGCAUCGAGGAGCUAAAAGAAGAUUUGGAAUGGAAAAUGAUAUAUGUGGGCAGUGCAGAGUCAGAGGAUUUUGAUCAAGUUUUGGAUACUAUUUACGUUGGUCCAAUCCCUGAGGGAAGACAUAUGUUUGUAUUUCAGGCUGAUCCACCCGAUGUGAGUAGAAUCCCAGUCAACGAUGCUUUAGGCGUAACCGUUGUGUUGCUGACCUGUUCAUAUAGAGGUCAUGAAUUUGUUCGCGUGGGUUACUUUAUAAAUAACGAAUACACCGAUCCAGAACUCCGAGAGAAUCCACCUCCGCAGCCACAAUUCGAUAAGGUUCAGAGGAACAUACUAGGCGAUAAACCACGUGUCACUAGAUUUAAAAUAAACUGGGACGACUGUCCAACUGGAUCAGCGAAUAAUCUUCCCGAGGGCAUGGAUGCACCCACAGCGUUAGAAGAUACAUCGCAAGAUGCGCCCACAUCCACAUUAGGUUUUACAGAGAAUACGCAAAAUGGUGGAAUGGAAGUGAUGUGAAAAAUGAUUUGCUGCUACUAAGAAAAUAACUCGGUGAACUAGCAUUAUACAACAAUUUAAAUGAUAAAUGUAGUACCUGGAAUGAAGAUGGAAACGAAAAAGUACACACACUCAGUAUAUAUAUAUAUAUAUAUAUAUAUACAUAUAUUUAGAUAAUUCAAAAAAGUCGCGCAAAAUAAUCUUCCUUAUAAUUAUUGAUGUUUUCCUUCGGUAAGAUCCAAAAAGUUUGUACAUUUUGAAAAAGAAUUAUAUGUUGAUAAUGUGAUAAUCUUACACCUGAAUAAAAGACAAUGAUUGUUUGGAUUAAUUGUUUGCAGGAUAGUUACUUUCAGGCUCUUAAUCAAAUAGUGGUACUUGAUUACUACUUGCAAUCUUUCGAGAAUAAUGUAAUUUUUGCAAAAAACUUCGAAUAGAAGCAAUUGUGGCACCAGUUGUGCACAAAUAGAGAUUAAAUGUAAGUGAUUAAUUAUACAUCAUGUUGUAAUGCAACAAUAAAUUUAAAUACACAUUCUUAUGCAA